GUUAAUAAGCCAGCAAAGUGUGAAUACCGCCAGCGUACCAGCGUGUCCACCGUCGUCCCGUGGUGGGCCGGAAGGUGUGGGGAGUGUGGGGCGGGCACAAACGCAUGCACAGGACGAUCAUGUCCUUCGGGUUGCGUGCGGUCACGGGUGGGUGGGUGUCUGGCGGAACCAACCCCCGCACCGUACCGUACCGGUGGCCGCGGGACAGUUGAAUGUUGUUGUCGGUGUGCCGAAGAAUGUUGCAUCGUUGGACAGGAGCAGUGACAUCGCGUGGUUUAAAGACGGUUCGGUUGGCGAGGUCAGGAGAGGUGGUGGUGGUGGUGGCGGCGGAAGUGAGGCAAACAAAUCAAGUAACUGGAACAAAACGACGUCGAACCAACGGUCAAGGACGAAGGGGAGAUCCGCGGUCCGUGCGGUAGGAGCGGCCACGGUACUAUGGAUUGCCGUGACGCAUCUGAUCCUCGGCAACGCAGCGUACUCGCUGGAAGGCGACUCGAGCGGCAGCAGUAACGCUAGUAACGCCGGAUAUGGUAACACUUACAGCAAUCGAUUCGGAAGAUUACUUCUGAACGGUACACGGUCGUCGGCGGUGGCGGUGACGGCCGGUGUCGCAGCUACGAGAGGUUCCUCCUCGUCCAGUGCCGCCACACACACCACCACUACCACCACCACCAAUCUGUUCGAUGGCGGAGUGGAGUUUGUACCAGCCGAUGGCACCGCUUCCGCUGGCUUUAACGAUUCCAGCGAAAUGCCCCAAAUUCCGGAGUACAUCCGGGCGACGUCGAUGGUGUUCUGUAUCAUUAUCAUGUGUCUUGGCGUUAUCGGCAACAUUAUGGUCCCGAUUGUCAUACUCAAGACGAAGGAUAUGCGCAACUCGACCAACAUCUUCCUCACCAAUCUCAGCAUCGCCGAUCUGCUGGUUCUGCUCGUCUGCACUCCAACCGUACUGGUGGAGGUCAAUUCGCCACCGGAGGUUUGGGUGCUCGGCGAAGAAAUGUGCAAAGCAGUACCGUUCGUGGAACUAACGGUGGCACACGCGAGCGUUCUAACGAUUCUAGCGAUAUCCUUCGAGCGUUACUACGCCAUUUGCGAACCGCUGAAGGCAGGCUAUGUUUGCACAAAGACGCGCGCCCUACUAAUCUGCCUCGCGGCCUGGACUGUCGCUGCCAUCCUGACGAGUCCGAUCCUUUUCUUCGCCGAGUAUAGCGUGCAACCGUACCUGGACGGAAGCCGGGCGGCCAUGUGCCUCACGAAAGCUUCCAACGGCUGGACGUUCACCUUCUUCCUGAUGACGAUCUCGCUGUUCUUCGUGCUCCCGCUCGCCAUACUGAUCGUGCUGUACGCAAUCAUUGCACGCAAUCUGAUUGCCAGCGAUCGGUCCCGGCUCAAGAUACGGCUAAGCAAACCGGAGCUUAGUCACAAGGCGCGCAAGCAGGUGGUACUGAUGCUGGGCGCGGUCGUACUUGCCUUCUUCACCUGUCUGCUACCGUUCCGCGUGCUUACCCUUUGGAUCAUUCUCGUACCGGAGGAAACGUUUCAGCAGCUUGCACCGGAGCGUUACUACAACUUGCUGUACUUUAGCCGCAUCAUGCUCUACCUCAACUCGGCCGUCAACCCGAUCCUGUACAAUCUGAUGUCGUCCAAGUUUCGCAAAGGGUUUCUGCGGCUGUGCAGCUGUUCGGGCUGGGCGACUGGGAGACGCGGUGCCCGCAAGGGUCGCAACCGGUCUGCCACGUUUACCACCACGACCACCACCACUACCACCACCACGAGCUCCACCUUUGGCGGACAUCCUUCGCUCGGCUGCGGCCACGAACCGAGCACAGACGGCCAUCCAAUGGACCGGAAGAAUGGGUCGAAAAAGCUUACAUUAUCGCUGGACGAUUUGCGCCUUCAGCUGCCGACGGACGGGGGAUCCUCACCGCCAACCUCCUUCUACCGCAUCAAUCUCGUCCGCCAGUACUCGAGCCCGCUGCUGGUGUUUUCUUCACCAACGCCGGUCCGGCCCAGCCCGUGUCAUCGUAGUGCAUUUAAACGUCAGUUCAAUGUGACCUUCGACGAACCGGCCGGACUGUUAGCGUCGGCCGAAGCCGAACAGCUAUUGCUACGCAUCGACCAUCCCGAGCCGGCACUAUUACCCCGUUCGCAAGCUUUGCGCAAUCCACUGCGGAUGAAGUUGCCACGGUUCCAUGGACCACGCCGACCGAACGUGCCGAACGGAGACAGUAGACGAGCGACAGUAAAGCAGCUGUCGCUGGACGAAACUUUACUGACGGGAGCUAUUGCUGGGCGAAAAGUUUGACAAUUCAACCGAUUCGGGUUUGGAUUCGAUUGGGUGUUUGACUAACGGGGUUUGUAUUGGGCAUCCCGAGGAACCUCCGAGCAGGCGAGCGAGUCGACAUCCCGCGGUGUCGUCGCUUUUGUGGUCUGCGUAGUCGGCGUUUCUAAUUGAGUUUCGUUGUACCGAACGCAUGGCACCAAACCUCUCCGCCUUCCAAAUCCGGGCGGGUGGUCCAACGGGAUACGAUUCGCCGUCUCGACUCGGAGUUGGGCGGAAGCUGAACAGUUUGAAGGUCGAGUACCGGGGACGUCGGACACACCAUCCGGGUUUUCUUUCGCGCCGGUCACUGACCUUCCGUUAGAGGUGCCGAAGAAAGCCGUUCUCCGUUCCCCAGUCAAGCCGCUCAUAAAAGCGACAAUAGUUAACCAAGAAACAGAAAAAAUGGGCGGAAGGGAUCACCACUAUUGUUUGUUUGUUCGUUACACUUGUGGGAAAAUGGCCAACCAUCGGGGCGCUACACAUAAUCGUCACCCGGUAAUAAGCUGUACCGUUAUGCGUUAUGCGAUGUUGGUCACCGAGCUCUCCCCACGUCAGCUGCACACCUUUUCCAUUCCCGAGUGGUGGACUCGAUUGGCUUCCUCCAAAGAAGAAAGAAUCGAACCCUCAAAAUGUGAGACUAUGCUCAUACCAAAAAUGGCCAAAAAAGGAAGAAAAGACACAGAACAACGAAACACAAAACUACACGCCAAAUGGCCAUCCGUAAAUGGUCGAUCGCAUUUACUUAACCAUUCGUAAGUCCUAGUCCGUGCAAGGGAGAAAACAAAACGCAACGUGAAAUUGCAAAUCGGUGAAACAAAAGAGGCGUAUGCGUGCGAGUGCGUAGCGUACAUCGAUAGUAUUUCCACAAGAUUUCGCAAGAUUUCAGCCGGUGUGUGUUGAAGCUUUUUGGUUUAGAUUCGUAGCUUUAUGUUAGUAUUGAAGCGGGUUUUCCAAGUACCGAUGUAACAGCAUGAUAAUUGUUGAUAAGUGUGCGGCACAACCGGUAGAUAGUUUAAUUUAAAAUUUGUUGUUCUUUUAUUUUAUUUGAUGUAGUUUUACUUACUAAAUGUAACCAUUGCUGAUGUAUGAUACAGCAUCCGCAAAAAAAAGAAAGGAUGAUAGAUAUGAAAUUGAUGAUUAUUUAUACACAAAAUAAAAACGUAGCCUAACGAA